AUGGUGGUGCGAGCGCUGCCGCCGCGCCACCCGCCCUAUCCCGUCGCCACGGCCGCGCAACGGCCGCCACCCGCGGCACCCAUGGCUCCGCGCGUCCUUCCGCGCCUGCCCGCCGGGCGGGGCGGGGCCGCGCGCGUGGGCGGCGCCAUCUUGAGCGCAACGGGAGCCGCGCGGGAUCAAACGUCCUUCCGCCCCGCGCGGCGCGGCCGGCCGGUCGGCUAUGGGGGCGCGGGAGCAGUGCCGCCGGCUGGAGGCCGUGCUGGGCGCCCUCUACGACCUGGGUGGGUGAGCGGACCCCGGCCGCUGCGGGGCCCUCCCCGGGGAGCGCUGGGGAGCCCCGGCCGGCCCGGGGGUGACGAGGGCGAUGCGGAGAAGGCGCAGGCGAGCGGCGCAGAGGAGCCGGCAGGCGCGGCGGCGGCGGCCGAUCCCGGGGGCGGCGGCAGCGGCGGGGCAGGCGGGCGGCCGCGGGGCGCUGGCGGCGCCCGCGGCUUCUUUGGAGCGUUGCGAGCCGAGCUGCGCGGCGCGGAGCCCUGCGGCGUCGCCCCGCGGCUGCCCGCGGCGCCGCCCACUGCCGUGCAGGUGGUCGUGUUCCGCGGCGCCGGGAGAACGGUGCGGCCGCGCCCCGCGGCGUCCCCCGGUGGCGGCGGCGGCGGCGCCCAGACCAGAAAAGUGGCUGAAGAAAAAAAUGUGAACAAACACGAAUUUAACUUUGAAAAAGCUCGUUUGGAAGUACACAAGUUUGGAAUCACUGGCUAUGAGAAGCAGGAGCAACGUGUAUGGGAACAGGAACGUGCUAUCAUGCUGGGAGCCAAGCCCCCCAAAAAAGAACAUGUGAACUACAAGACUUACCAAGAGAAAAUGAAAGAGAAGAAGACAAGGAAAGACGAUAAUGGAAAGGAACAUAAAGGUGAUUCUCUUAAGAAGAAGAAGACGAAAGAACAGAAGGAGAGGAAGGCCAAAAAGAAGAAAUCGGUGCCCAGCAUUUGGCCUGCAGGACAAGUUGGAAAAUUCAGAGAUGGGACCUUGAUUCUGCAUAGCUCUGACAUAAAAAAAAUUAAAUCAUCUAAAGUUAUGAAAUGAACUUACACACAGAAUGAAAUGGACAAUAAAAAUAAGAUAGAAUUUGUGUUGACACCACAAUGCAUCUACAAAUCUUCUUGCCUUCCCACCACAUCCUAACUCUUUUAUCUGGAUUUUAGUGUCAUGAUUUCCCAUCUUCCAUUCUGCUCUGGUGAGAAGAUGAGAAUUUACCAUUUUUUUUAAAAUAAAAAUAAGACACUUUUAUUAAACAAGUUUAUGUUGGCUAUUUUAUUAGCUAAAAAAUGCUAAAGAAAGCAUUUCACUAUUCCUAGAAUUAGUUUAUUGGCUAUAAGGAAAAUAUUAAUUUAAUUCAUUAAUUAGUGGAAUAAAAUACAUAGCUCUUUGCUUUCAUUUGGAAGGAAUAUGUGAAAAGCAAUACCUUAUUGCCCUAAACCCUGAAGUAAGUAUUCUUAAGCACCUAUCAGGCAUUCAUCUAUUUCUGUAUCUAUCUGAAUAUUAGUGGAACUGCACAGCAAAAACCUGUCCUGUCCAGCAAAAUCUUUUACAGUUUCAAAAUUACCUGCUUUGGAAUGAAAAUGAGACUUUUUAAAGUUUUCUCCCAUGUAAGAGCUACAGAUGCAACUUGUAUACAUGUGUACAGAAUUCAAAUUUAAUUUUUUUUUUGAAUGGGGGGGGGCUUGAAUCAAGGUGACAGCCAAUGCCUACUGGUUGUUCAUUGGUAACUUACGUUUGUUGUGAUCAGUGUUCCCAUGCUAGACCUGAUAAACCUUUUCUAUGAAAUCUCUGCCAAAUCCAAAGUUUUUGUGCUAUUUGUAUUUCAACAAUUUGGUGUUUCUGAAGGAACAGUUCUGCCCACAGAGUUAGCAGUUUUUUUGUUGAAGGGUGCGUUUCCAUUAGAAAUGGCAACUGUUAGCAACUUGCAAAGUGUCCUCACCGUUUUACCUCAAGCUAAAGAAACUUGAAUAUUUUACAAGGAGACAAAAGUAGUGUUAACUGUCAAAAGACAGGGGAAAGGUUCAUGCUCUGUUGCUUACAUGUAAGGUUAUCUAGAGGUUGUUUGAACAGCUUUGGCAGUGAAACAGGUGUGUAUAAGAAGGUAAAUAACCCUUACUAGGGAAACUACUUUUAGGUGUACUAGUGAACUUCAGCUUACCCAGGAGGGUUUGGGAAGUGCAGUUCCUAGCUGCCAUCUCAGGGCCUGAACAAGGCGACGUUUCAUCUUAAGCAAGCAGGGAGGUCCGGGUCACCUUGCAGCAAGCAACAAGAACUGCAGCAUAAUUCCUCUCCCCCAAACAGCUGUAUCAGGCCUGCUGUCUUCUCAGUUUAAGAAAGUAUUCUGUGCUGGAGAGAACUGCACCACAGAGAGGGAUGCUUUCUCACAUGCUCCUUCCCCCCAUCUCUUCCAGGUUACUUUCAAGUCCUGGAGACGUGCUGUGCAAAUAGAGAGGACUCGGAGGGCUAGGCCAGAAGGGAAAGUGGAGCCAGAUUAAGAGGGGAAGGGAGCGUUUCUGGAGCCAUGUGGGAAGGGAAGGGGUGUGCAGAGUUGGAUUGCUAAAUAUUUUUACAACAUUUCAUAGUUGCUUAAUUGGAUUUCUUCUUAUUCAGUAUUGGUUGCAAAUUCAAGCCAGAAUUAACAAUCCUAUCUGGAUCAGGGAUAUGCAGACUAGAGAAAUGUCAAAUUGCUAUUGUGGAUGAAGGUGUAAUCGCUAAGCAGGAUUGAGUACAGAGCAUCAAAACUUGCUGAGGCAAGAGAUAGGCUUUGGAUGUUACAAUAUAACCUGUAUCUUUUAAUUCCUGACUAAACCUUGUGCUUACUUGUAGAUAAAAUUUUGUUCAUCUGGCUUUGGGUAUAAUGUGUUGUGGGAGUUAUGUCCCUGAAUCAUCUUGGGUAAUUUAUAGGGUUCACUUUCUACCUCCACAAUUUAGAAAAGCUGUUAGGAGUGAAACUUGGUCAGAAUGAAGUGCCUCAUCUUUGCAGUUCUAGUCUCAAGCUUUGUAAGCUCUGUUACAGAAUGGGGUUGCAAGAAAUUCAGUUCUUAGAUUAAAAAUAAAAUUGCUCAGAAUUUUG